AUGGUAUCAGAGUAUAAGUGUGAAGAAGCAUUCCAACUCUUGAAACAAAAGCUGGUUACAGCACUAGUGCUUACAUUGCCAGACGAUAGUGGUAUGUAUGAUGUGCAUAGUGAUGCAUCAAAGAAUGGGAAAGCAAAUGUAGUUAUAGAUGCUCUAAGUCGUAAGAUCAGUCAUGGAUUGAAUACUUUGAUAGUGGCUGAUGAGUUAUGUAGGGAAAUGAGUAAAAUGAACAUAAAAGAAAACCAAGCAGAAGAUGUGAAAUUGGAUAGGAUUCGUGAGAAAAUAAAGCAAGGAAAAGCUACAUAUUUAAAAAUUCAUGAAGAUGGAAGUUUAAGGUACAAAGGUCGAUGGUGUGUACCUGAAAAGUGCGAGGAAGUGAAGAGAAAGCUAAUGGAAGAAGGACAUAAUACACCCUAUUCAGUGCACCCAAGAGGGGAUAAGCUAUACAAGGACUUGAAAAAGGUGUAUUGGUGGCCAAUAAUGAAAAACAAAGUUGCAGAAUUUGUGCAAAGUAGUAGAAAUGAUGCCAUUUGGGUAGUGGUGGACAGACUUACAAAAUCUGUGGUGUUUAUACCAAUGAAGGAGACUUGGAAGAUGGAGCAACUUGCAAAAGAUUACAUAAAGAAUGUUGUGAGGUUACAUGGAGUUCCAAAGGAUAUUGUGUCUGACAAAGAUUUCAGAUUUCUUUCCAAAUUCUUGAAAAACGUGCAGGAAAACUUUGUUACGACACUUAAGGUUAGUACUGCGUUUCACCCUACUACAGAUAGGAAAACUGAGAUAACCAUUCAAACCUUGGAGGACAUUUAG